ACACUUCUCAAUUUGUUAUUCUUUCGUGUUUAUUAUUUCCUAGAUUUGUUUUACGCUGGCAUUUCGUUCUGUUUUUCAUGUUUUAUCCCCGUUUUUCGGAAAACCUCGUUUCCAAUCUCGUGACAAGUUUUUCCACCGCCAGGAAAGAUGCUAAGCCAAUUUUACUGUUUGUUUUUGUUGCUCCUCCACUUCUUCGUGGGCGUGACGUUGUCUGAAGAGGGGGAGUGCCGGCGGCUUAAUCGCGCAGAUAUCGAGGGCAGACUGUCCACAAAGACGCCCUACAGAGCGAUCGCCAAUUACGACGAAACGCCACCGAAAUACGCCGGCUGCCAUCCGACUCGAAUUUGGUCCAUCAUCCGACACGGAACUCGAAAUCCCAGCGAAUCCGUUAUCCUUCAGGCGCAAAAUCGGCUAUCAGAGAUAAAGAAACGCAUACUGGAUCAGACGACGCCGCCGAUCUGCACCGCUGAAUUGAAAAAGCUGCGCCAAUGGCACUGGAUGCAUCUGAAUGCCACCGAAGAUGAGAAAUUACUGGUGGCCGAGGGUGAGGAUGAGCUGAUUGAGCUGGCGGAACGGAUGCAGCGGCGAUUUCCGGAUCUACUUCCGGAGUUGUACAAUCCGGAGUGGUACUACUUUAAGUAUACUGCGACCCAAAGAACGCUAAAAAGUGCGGAAAGCUUCGCUACGGGCUUGUUCGGCCGUCAUCGCAUCCAUACUGUUCGAUAUCCGCCGCCUUUGCACGAGGAUCCUGUUUUGCGGUUCUAUAAGGGCUGUGGAAAGUGGAAAACUGACGUCGAUAAGAAUCCCGAAACCUUGGUCAACGCACGCAGGUUCCUAGCAGAGCCGCAGAUGCAGUCAGCAGUGGAGCAGGUACGGAGCAGCACCCGGCUAACGGAUCUUCAGCCGGAGGACGUUCAGCUUAUGUACACGGUGUGCGCUUUCGAAACGGCCUGGCAUCGCCCACGUCGCGACUCCGGCUCCAAAUCUUCAUACGAAUCCGUGUGGUGUAACUUCUUUGACGUGGCCGCCUUGGAGGCGCUGGAGUUCUUCGAGGAUCUGGAGUACUAUUGGAACGAUGGCUACGGCUACGAACUGACUCAUCGCAUUGCCUGUCCGGCAAUCGCAGAUAUGUUUGCGGCCAUUAGUUCCUCUGAGGAGACACGGCCGCGACGGGCCAACGCCACGCUGUACUUCACGCACUCGGGUACGCUUCUCAAAUUGCUGGCCCACCUGGGAUUGGCCCGGGACAAGAAGCCGCUGACGCACAAACACUUUGCCAGCGAGCGUCUUUGGCGCACAAGCCAGAUUGACGCGUUCGCGACCAACUUGGCCUUCCUACGUUACGACUGCGAUAAGGGGAAGCCGCAAGUCCUGGUGCUGCACCAGGAGCGAGUGGUGCGCCUGCCCGGCUGCCCGCAGGACCAGGAUCUCUGUCCGCUGGCCACGCUGCGUCGCAUUUACGCCAAUAGCGUCGACCACUGCGACCGCGAGAACAUGUGCCGAAUGUAGGUCGGCUAAGUAUGGAGCACAUUCGGAAUGGAGCUGCUGAUGGAUUGUUUGAUUGUAUUUUGUGGCUUUGCUGCCCUGCUACUAAUUGACCUCGGGAAAAGUGAUUCGUCGGAAAGUUUAGGAUACAACUGAUAUAGAGAUAAUGUUUAGAAUGGAAAAGAAUCGAAGGAACUGGAAAUCAACAAUGAUCAGAUUAGGGUUAGGACUAGUUUUGUAAGAGAUGAGCGGCGGAGAGCGGAAAGUUAUGUGUUGACCAAGUGGCGAGUCGAAUUCUGUGUGUUUUGUAUGCCUUAUUAAUCAAUGUGGACCAUCCACUCCAGCACUAGAGAACUUCGAACAGGAGUGCAGGGAACAGAGCGAGACGGAGAUGGAGAGUGGAAAGAGAAAGGGAUGGAGGGAGGGGGUAGCUCGCUUUAUAGACUUUAGUCUAUAUACCCUGGAAGGCGCUCGAAAUGCUGUUCAGAUUUAAACAAUAUCUCUUGGGUUACAUUUUUUUUUUGUUAUUCGGUUAAUCAUGCUAUACGCAUAGCCUAAUCCUUAUCCCAAGUGGCAACGCAUACUGUACAUAUAUAAAUACUUGAUGUAUAAGAGAAUUAACUAUAGUUAUAUUUACCCAACACACCACACACAUAUAUACAUAAACACAAUCGUAGUUGUAGUAUGCCUCUAUUCUAAUCGAUCCUUCGCCCCCAAAAGGAAACGUUCGUUGUGCUAACUUGUGUUGUAUACCUAUAAACGAGACAGAAUAUAUAUUUGAUAAGGCGAGGAUGUGGAACAAAUGUUGGGUUCCGACAUAACUUUGUACAUAACACUUACGACCUUAAUCACUUUCGUCUAAUUUUGUUUGUCCUAUCGAAAGCCCAACAGCAAAACCAACCGCAGUAACAACAAAUAAACUAACGAAAUUUAUAGUUUAAAGCUUAACUCGCUUGGACUUUUCAAUUUGUUUGAGCUGAAAAUAAAGAAAAACUGAAAAAUCAA